CCUAUAUCAAUCCAUUACAGCCCCAUUGUAAACAAAUCUCAGUAUUAUUAUUACACCUGUGUAUCAGCAUGAAAUGAUCCAAAACUGUUAUCACAUCAACAUUGAUCUGACAAUGCCAUCUAGUGGAAAAAGGGAAAACACAUUGUGAGAAAAGGGUAUGAUGAUACGACAUACUACUAUGCUACUAUAGUUUAGUGAGCUUGGGCUGCAUGGCUCAGUAGUGCAACUGUGUGGACUUGAACUAUUACUGCAGCUGCUACUAUUCAGACUGCCUCAAUGCUGAAUGAGACAAUAACUUACUUGUUCACAAGGAUCAUGAAAUGGAAGAUAGGCCCUGCACAGAUUAUUACAUCUAUAAUGAAACAGUAAAACCACAGGGGGAAUAUGGCAAAUAUACCACAGCCAAGGGUACAACACAAAGCAGAGUACGUGCAUGUGUGUGUGCGUGUAUGUGUGUGCGUUUGUGUGUGCUAGGUAGAGUACGAGAGUUUAGAGUUGUCCAACUGCCAGUUCUAGGGAUUGACAUUUGAGGAAGGGAUCUAGAACAGGAACGAUGUUUCAUCAUGUACCACAUAACAUCCACCAAUCACAAAGCACCAGCACCAGGAACGGGAAGUAUUACAGAGGACCUGACAGGAAGAGAUGAUAAACACACUCACACACACAUACGCCCACACACUGUUAAGUUCUGUGCUGUGGUGAAUGUGCGUUCAAGAGCUGGUGUGUAUUGUCUCCACUCUCUGGGAAAAGUAUGCAAAGUUGUGUGUUGAGUGUGUCCCGCAGUAUGUGUGUGUCUGCAGGAGUUUGUGUUGUGUGUUGUUAAUGGGGCUCUCAUUGUGAGGAUGAGUGACUCGUUGGAGAGGACCACCGACACCCCUCUGCCUGGGCCCUCAGAGAAAACCCCCAGAGAGGGCUCUGACCCUGGGAAAGAGGGUGAAGGGGGUGAUGGAAGUGGGAUGCGUUGGGAAGAUGGAGGCCUGUCUGUGGAGCUUCAGAAGGGGAUGGAGACGCUUCGUGUGAGUGGAGAGCUGACCGACGUGACUCUGCGAGUUCAGGAACAGGACUUCCCCUGCCACAGAGCUGUGCUCGCCGCCGCCAGCCACUACUAUAGGGCGAUGUUCUGCAGUGGUCUGAGAGAGAGUCAUGAGAAGCAGGUGGAGAUUAAAGGGGUGGACAGUGAGACCAUGAAGACUCUACUGGACUACACCUAUACCAGCCGAGCCACCAUCACACACACCAACGUCCAGAGAACACUGGAGGCUGCCAGCCUGUUCCAGUUUCCUCGUGUAGUGGAGGCCUGUGCAGGGUUCCUGGCUGACUCUCUCCAGCCAGAGAGCUGUGUAGGUGUGCUGCGUCUGGCUGAGGCCCACUCAUUGCCUGCGCUGAGAGACAGGGUCCAGGACUACCUGGUUUCAGAGUUCUCCAGAGUGGUUCAGCAUGAGGAGUACCUGGAGCUGUCAGCGGGGGCGCUGCAGAAUGCUCUGAAGAGAGACGACCUGGGAGUGACACGGGAGGAAAGUGUGUUUGAGGCUCUGAUGCGCUGGGUGCGAGCGAAGGAGGAGGAGCGAUGCCUCCUACUAGCUGGUCUUCUGUCAUAUGUGCGGCUGCCACUGCUGGAGCCGGCUUACUUCCUGGAAACGGUGGAGGCCGACCAGCUGAUUCGCCGCUGUGACGAGGCCUUCACCCUGCUGCAGGAGGCUCGCACCUACCACCUGUCAGGCAACGAGGUGGUCACGGAGCGUACCAAGCCCCGUUUACAGCACUACCUAUCUGAGGUGUUCAUGAUCAUUGGUGGCUGCACCAAAGAGGAGCGCUUCGUUGCCACGGUGACCUGCCUUGACCCUCUGCGCCGCAGCCGGCUGGAAGUCGCCAAGCUGCCAAUCACAGAGAUGGAGGAGGAGUCCCACAACAGGAAGUGGGUGGAGUUUGCUUGUGUCACCUUCCGGAAUGAGGUGUUCAUAUCCGGAGGAAAAGAGACACAGCACGAGGCGUGGAAGUACAACGGUGCCCUGGACAGGUGGAUCCCCAUUGAGCCCCUGGUGACUGGGCGCUGGAGACACAAGAUGGCGGUUCACGGGGGGAAGGUGUAUGCCCUGGGGGGGUUCGAUGGGACUCAGAGACUCACCAGCGUGGAAGCCUACGACACAUUUCACAACCGCUGGACACAGGCCCCGCCCCUCCUGUUGGGCGUCAGCUCAUUCGCUGCAGCAAGCUUCAAUAAGUGGAUCUUUGCGAUCGGGGGAGGGCCCAACGGGAAGCUGGCCACUGAUAGGCUGCAGUGCUGGGAGCCAGGGACUGAGAGCUGGGGCCUGCGGUCGCCCAUGCCCAUCGAGGCCAAAUGUACUAACGCUGUCACCUUCAGGGAAUGCAUCUAUGUAGUUGGUGGUGCCAUGCAUGCUCUGUACUGCUACUCCCCCCAGUCAGACAGCUGGUCUAUGGUGACCCGGCUGGGCGAGAGGGCAAGCUGCGCCAUCGCAGCCUGUAACAACAAACUAUUCAUCACUGGUGGCCGUGACGACAAGAACCAGGUCAUCUCCACGGUGAUGUGCUGGGACCCAGUCACAACCACAAUGACAGAGGAAUGUGUGUUACCGCUUGGUGUCUCUCACCACGGAAGCGUCACACUCCACAAGUCCUACACGCACAUACACAGGAUAGCACCUGCGACCGUGUCGGUGUGACAGAGAGCUGGGACUAUGUGUGUGAGAAUGAAUGUGUGGAGAAAAACAAAGGUGGAUGAGGAGCAUGGACUGUGUGUGGGUGUCGGCUUUUUUACUUAUUGUAAGUUGUCUGUAAAAUAACUAAAUGUAAUGCUGAGUUUAGUCUCAUAACAUUUUUUGAAAGUGUAAUGUCACAUUCAAACCGGUACCACUAAAUAAAUCUAAAAAUGACA